AUGGGUGACCUUCCAAAAAUGAGUGACAUCUCUGUGGCAUCACUCCACACUAACAUGCUACAACAAGUUACUGGCAGCAGCCGGGCAUCAAAAUCUUUACUUUGGAGCUAUACGAGAAGCUUUAAUGGCUUCGUCGCCAAGCUGACUGAAGACGAAAAAAACCAACUAGCUCGAAUGGAGGGUGUGGUGUCAGUAUUUCCAAGCCGCAAAAAACAACUGCAUACAACAAGAUCAUGGGACUUCAUGGGCUUUCCUCAACAUGUCAAAAGAGCACCUCUUGAAAGCGACGUCAUCGUUGGCAUGCUAGACACAGGCGUCUGGCCCGAAUCCGCCAGUUUCAAGGACGACGGAUUCGGUCCUCCACCAGCCAAGUGGAAGGGCUCAUGCACUUCCACCAAUUUCACAUGCAACAACAAACUCAUCGGGGCAAAAUACUACAACACCGUGGGUGAAGCCAGAGACGAAGAGCUGUCAGCAAGAGACACUGAGGGCCAUGGCACACACACGGCAUCCACCGUAGCUGGAAUUGCAGUUAACAACGCAAGCAUGUUAGGUUUAGCUAAGGGGACGGCUAGAGGGGGUGUUCCAUCCGCACGUAUAGCCGUUUACAAGAUUUGUUUUCCUGCGGGGUGUUCAGAUGCCGAUAUCUUGGCUGCUUUCGACGACGCAAUUGCUGAUGGAGUUGAUAUCAUUUCACUUUCAGUUGGAGGAUCUACCCCUUUAGAUUAUUUUGAAGAUUCUAUCGCCAUUGGAGCUUUCCAUUCUAUGAAGAAUGGGAUUCUUACAUCCAAUUCCGCAGGAAAUGAUGGCCCUAUUCCGGGAUCAAUUACUAAUCUCUCACCUUGGUCAUUAUCAGUUGCUGCCAGCAGCAUAGACCGGAAGUUUCUAACUAAGAUUGUGCUAGGCAACGGUAUAACUUACGAGGGACCUGCGGUAAACACAUUCGAUGGUGUGAUUCAUCCGAUAGUUUCUGGUGCUUCAGUGCCUAAUACAAAGAAAGGAUUUACAUCAGAUGAGUCUAGAUAUUGCGGGUCAGAUUCCUUAGAUCCCGCUUUGGUACAAAAUAAAAUUGUGGUAUGCGAUAAUCUUCUAGCACCGUAUACAGCGGCACAAUCAGGAGCAAGUGGUAUUGUGAUCGAUGGUGAUUUUUCCUUUGAUGAUUUUGCCUUUAGUUAUCCUCUACCAACAACAUAUUUGACAAGUAAAGAUGGAAAUGGUGUUCUAACUUACAUAAACUCCACCUCAACACCAAGCGCGAACAUCCUAAAAAGUUACGCACCUGUUGACAAAGCAGCCCCAACUGUAGUUUCCUUCUCGUCAAGAGGCCCAAGCAAAAUCACACCAGAUGUGCUCAAGCCUGAUCUAACCGCACCUGGAGUGGACAUUUUAGCCGCAUGGUCACAGGGUACAACCGUCACCGGGGACGAGGUAGACACCCGAGUUGUUACAUUUAAUAUUAUCUCGGGGACUUCCAUGUCUUGCCCCCACGCCAGUGGAGCCGCUUCUUACGUUAAAUCAUUCCACCCGACUUGGUCCCCUUCGGCCAUAAAGUCAGCCCUUAUGACUACAGCUGCACCUAUGAGUCCAACCAAAAACUCGGAUGCUGAAUUUGCUUAUGGAUCUGGCCAUAUUGACCCAUUAAAGGUCGCAGAUCCAGGCUUGGUCUAUGAUGCAGGAGAACAAGAUUUCGUGUCAUUUUUAUGUGGGCAAGGUUAUAACGCCACCACUUUGAAAAUAGUCACUGGUGAUGCAAGUGCUUGCUCGAAAGGCACUAGUGCAACCGUUUGGGACCUAAACUAUCCUUCUUUCGCUCUCUCGGCUCAACAAUCAGGUAGCAUCAGCCGAACCUUCAGGAGGACGGUUACUAAUGUGGGUGAAGCAGAUUCUUCGUACCAGGCUAACGUCGUUGCACCAACAGGGAUGGUGGUGAAGAUUAACCCGAGCAGUCUUGCGUUCAAAGCAGUAGGGGAGAAGCAAUCAUUUGUGGUAACUGUUGAUGUGACAAUUGGAUCGAAUGCACUUUCAGGUUCAUUGGUUUGGAGUGAUGGAGUUCACAAGGUUACAAGUCCAAUUGUUGCAUUUCUUUCAUGAAAACUAAAAUGCAUUUUUAGUUCACUAUUUCCAUGGUCAAAUAAUUAGCUCCAACUGACAUCGGGUGUCAUUGUUUCUUGUUUUUGAUUCAAGAAUCUUGAUGUUGUAUUGAAAAAUAAGAUGUGAAUAAAAAGGAGUUGGUUGUUG